AUGCAACUAAAAGCCCAGUUGAGCCGGGUCCUGCAUCGGCAGGUGUGGCAGGCUGUAUUGAACAUCGACGGGCAUGCGAAACCGGGCUUGUACCAGGAGCUGCAAAAUUCGGAUAAUGAAUGGAUCCAUUUAAUUGAGAUUGAUGUGCCGCGAACAUUUCCAGAGAAUCCUGCUUUCGACGAGGCCCAACAGCGAUGCCUCUUGCGCGUCCUCAAAGCCUAUGCCAACCUUUGUGCCGAUGUUGGCUACUGCCAGGGGAUGAACUUCGUGGCGGGCUUGCUUCUUCUGGUAGCGCAGGGUGGCGACUUCUCUCAACCAAGCCCCGAAGCUCGGAACUGCAUUGCCAUGAAGAUGUCUGAGGCAGAAGUCGAAGAGUCCACAUUUUGGAUGUUCUUCUGCCUCAUGGAGCCACUCGGCCUCAUGGAGACGUUCGGCCAGCUGAACGGCUUCUACCGUCGUGGGUUUCCGCUCCUCAAAAGGUAUCUGUGGGCCUUCGAUGAGCUGGUGGCCGCGUCUCUUCCAGAGCUUCACGAGCACUUCUGCCAAGAGAACCUCCAGCACUCCGUCUACCUCCAUCAAUGGUUCCUGACCCUCUUCGUUAGCAGCCUGCCGUUGCCCAUGGUACUUGUGCUUUGGGACGCCAUCAUCUGCGGAGGCCUCGCGGAGAUUCUAUCGAUCUCCAUAGCCGUGCUGCAGUUGCUGCAGCAGACACUUCUGGGCAUGCGGUUCGAAGAGGUUGUCAGCUUCUUCCAGACGCUGAAGACCCGCGAGCAGGAAGACUGCGACUUCGAGAGUAUCGGCCGCAUUGCCGUCAUCAGCAGCGGGAGCUUUUCCAUUCCCAAGCAUGUCGCAGAUGUGCUGCGCAGGCCGCUUCCGCUGACGUCCGACCACCUCAUGGAACGUUCUCCGCAGUCACCCACGAAACGCAUGCUGGAUUCAGAUGAGGAUAUGACCACGACGGCAAACACAACCACAGUCAAUUCGCCUUGUAGCACGGGUGCCGCCAGCAGUGAGGGCGGUAUGUUGCGCGACUACUUGCGUCAGAUCAACCAGGGUCUCAGUUGGUGGGUCGAUGCCAGGUCUUCAUGGGCUUGA